AUGGCGCCAAUUCCGCUGUAUGUGAAGGGUGGUGUGUGGUCGAACUUGGAAGAUCAGAUUGUGAAAGCUGCCAUACAGAAGUAUGGAACACACCAAUGGAGCAAGGUAGCGUCACUGCUGCACAAGAAAACUGCAAAACAAUGCGAGACGAGAUGGAACGAAUACUUGAAUCCGAAGUUGAAUUUCAGUGAGUUUACCAGGGAAGAAGAUGCUAGGCUGCUGGAUUUGGCCGGCAGACUGCCUAAUCAAUGGAGAUCGAUCGCGGAUGCAAUGGGUCGGACUGCACAGGUCUGUAUCGAGCGAUAUAACAAACUGCUGGCCGAAGAUGAGCAGGACUCCGAAUUGAACUUGGGGUCAUCAUUGGAGUUUAAUGUGGGAGAUUUGAAUCCGAAAUCUGACACUAUAGCGGCCAAACCGGAUGGUAACGAGCUGGGUGAUGACGAACGAGAGAUGCUGGCUGAAGCUAGAGCACGUUUACUGAAUACACAGGGGAAGAAGGCCACGAGGAAGGUACGAGAGAGAAUGUUGGAAGAAUCAAAGAGAAUCGCUCAAUUGCAAAAGCGGCGGGAAUUGAAGCAAGCUGGCGUUAGAACCGCAAUAAAACUGCCGAAGAAGAGGUUCGCUACGGAGCUAGAUUACAACCAGGAUGUUAUCUAUGAGCAGGCGCCUCUGCCUGGAGUGUACGAUACGUCGCAGGAAGAUGCGAGGUUGGCGAAGGAAUUUCAAGAGUUCGAGAAAAAGGUUGAGCGACGGGGACUGAAUAAGGACCAGACGUCCUCUGGUCACUUGCCAAGAAGUGCCAAAGACAACAGACCGGAUGUCGGCCUCGGGCAAGUCAACAAAGGCAAUUUUGGACCAAAGACUCUGACGGAUGAGUAUAAGAAACCCGCUUUGUCUCUGCCGAAACCAGGCUCUAGAGCGGCCGUCUCAGAGGAAGAUAUACAGCUGAAAAGACGUAAAAUACUGGCGAAUCACCUCGAUGAGCCCCUCUUGAAGAUCGAGGGUGACCAGAACAUUCCCACCCAGCUUGAGACGAAAGAACCACUCUCAGAACGAAUGGAUAAGAAAGCGUACCUGCGCAGCCUCUUUGCUGCUCUUCCUGAAGCUAAAAACGACUUCGAGGUUGUGCUAGAAAGCGAAGAAGAAGAAGUAGCUGAUGAUGAUGAUGAAACGGCAGCGCCAUCUACAGGGAAGGAAUCCGCUUCACAAAGUCCGUCCCUCUCUGGCAAGACGGUCGAAAGCUUGGAGCUGCCGAACGAGAGAAUACCACUGAAGCUGCAAAGCCUGAACGAGGCUCGCUUGCCGACCCCACCGUUCAGGGAGAACCCAAAGGACGAUUUCGAGCUGACCUUCAACGAGCUUGUUGCAACGUCCCUGAUGAAGGAAGACUACCAGCAACCCAAGGACUACCAAGCUUACCUGCAUGAGGUUGAAAAUGAAAUGAAGCAUGUGCAGAUUGCGGGCACCGGCCAAUCGUCCGAGCAAUGGCAGCCUCCAGCGCUAGACGAACUGUUAGAAUCCAUAAGAUCCAGGCAUCAUGAUAUCUGCGAAUUACAGAAGCAAAUGUCGUACAUCGAACCCAUUGCAUCUCAGAACGAUCAAAUUUCCAGAAACAUCUGUGGAGAACAGCUCGCUCGCGUGCGAACCUUACAGCACAGAUACUACGUCAAUUACAAAAUGUACCAAGACGAAGUCAAAGGCAUCCAUGCAAGAAGGCAGAGACUGGAAGCAGACAUCGAACAGACUAAGAAGACCGCUCAACUUCACUAA